AGUUCGUCGUGGUCCUCGGAGCGUUUCGGACGUGUUUUUCGGGCUUCAUCCUGGGGGAGAGAGAAAAAAAAACGGGGAAAAGUUCUACCACUAAUUAGUGAGGAGAAGUUUUUUGUGGCAAACGAAAAAAAAGUGUAAAAUUCGCGUCGCGUCGUGUUUUCGUGAAUAUUUGUCACGUGUAGGUGUUGGUGUAUUUUGGGGUGCCGAGAAAAGCUCAAGUGUUUGCGUGUGGAGAGGUUUACUUCCGCUUGUCUGUGGAGCAGGUUGGGUUGAGUGUGUGAAGGGGGGGGUUGUCUCGGAGUGUUGUGUGUACAGGACGACACUUGUGCCAGCUGUUGCGAGUUUUUCCGCUCACUUUUUUUUUUGUGUGUCUCCCCCUGGCCCAACCAGGAAAUUGGUUUAUGGGAAAAGGAUAAAUCGUGAAAAAGCAACAGCACAAAUUGUGUACACGUGGAGCCAUCGCUCAAGUUAUACGGAAGUUGGGCAAAGCUGGCGAUUUGUAACGGGGAAAAAGGGAAGAAUCAAACUAAGCUCGGGCGAAAAGUGUAACUGAAUGUCCCAGACGAGGGGGUACAAUUGCUUCGUUGAAACUUGAGGAUUCCGUUGGUGGUACAGAGUUGGGUUCGAGAUAAGAAGCAAACAUCCCGGAUCAGAAGCAGCAGCAGCAGUAGACGCGCAAAUUGGAAUCCGAUCCAGUUUGCUCCCGAGGAGAGUGUUUUCCAAACAUCACAGCUGCAAAAAUUAAGCACGUGCAAAGCACACAAACCUCGCUUAAAUUAAAACCUGCCCCGUGGCAGACUCAAUUAUAACCGAACGAGUUUUCACUCGACCACGUGUCACAUGUGACACCACCCACAACCACGUGUCCCCCGGAUUUGCGGUGAUGAAACUGUGAAAAUAAGAGGAAAGAAGAAAAAAACACGUUUCAAAAGUCAGCAAGUGUCGCAUUUCAACGUUGCGGGUUAUCUAUUUUCGAGUGUUUGCUGUUGACAGUGUCGUUGUUGGUUGGUGUUUUUGAUCGGGUUUUUGAGGUUUGACACCGCACGUGGAGGAGGAGUGGGUGAUGGAAAUUCCUACCGUGAUGGAUGGUAUGCUGAAAAACUCGCUGGUUCUUCACGACGAUCGGUCCUCGCGCAACAGCAACAGCAGCUCAGGUUCACCGUCGGUAAUACACGAAAAGAAGAAAAUGCUCGACAUCACCCGCGACAAACCGAUCAAAAUUGCCGUCCGGGUGCAGGUGCCGGUGCGGGAUCAUCCGAAGUUCAACUUCGUCGGCAAGCUGCUCGGCCCCAAGGGCAACUCCCUCAAGCGGCUGCAGGAGGAAACGAUGUGCAAGAUGGCGGUUCUUGGCAAGGGCUCAAUGCGGGAUCGCAAGAAGGAGGAAGAACUACGACUGAGUGGCGACCCACGGUACGCCCAUCUGUCUGAGGACCUGCACGUGGAGAUCAGCACCUACACGGCGCCAGCCGAGGCCCACGCCCGGAUCGCGUACGCCCUGGCCGAAGUGCGCCGCUUCCUGGUGCCGGAUUACCAUGACGACAUAAGACAGGAGCAGAUGUGGGAAAUGCAAGCCCUCAACUCAGCCCAGCACGUUCCCAACGGUUGCAACGGCUCGUCCAACGGCACAUCAGCCCACGGUAACCACCACAACGGCAGCAGCACAACGAACGGCAUCGGCAGCACCGGCUCGGUGGCCAACUCCGCAAACUCCUCCAACGCCCUCAACAAUGGCAACGAUCUGCUUCAUCACAGCAGCCACCAGCACCAGCACCAACAUCCAACCAACGGUUCAACGGAUUCCAAUGGUUCGGGAACGGGAGGACUGUCUGCCGACUCGACGAUAACGACACCAUCGACCGCGACCAUGGCCGGCAACGGUCACCAUCAGCACCACCACCAGCACAACGGAACGGGUAGCAACCAUGGGCACCAGUUCCUCACGAGUUCCGGCGAGGCAGCGGUCGCGGCCGCCGCCGAACUGGCCAGCCUGAUGCCGGUCGAUGUGAACAUGGCGACGUCGGCGAACCACUUUGUCAACUCCCUGCCCACCACGGACAUCGAGGCGCAAACGUUGGCGUUCGUCGAGUCGGCCAACGCGUUCCUGCAUCCGGCCCUGCGAGGAGUCAAAACGGUCAGCUUAGCCCGAAAGCGACCACUGCUCGGCGGUCCCCGGUCCAGCAUGAACCCGACCAAGCGAACCGUGAUGACACUGAUUGCCCGGGCCCGGACCGCCCAGGCCAUGCACGGAACGCGGACGACCGGACCCAUUGGCGACAGACCAAUCCAGGUGAUUACUUCGCCGCUGAUUCUGCAACCCUCGCUGGACCUGCUGCAGACCAACGGCGCCGGUUCGAUGCAGAAGGAGAACAUCCUGCAGGGGGCUUAAGGUGUGAGAGCGUGUGACGACCCAAGGAAUUAAGGCCACCACCAGUGCGGUGGUCGGAGGAAGAAUAAUUUCUUCCUGUUCAUCCGUUCACCAAGAAAAAAUCUGGAAACAAUCGUGAAAAAAAAAACCUGAAAACAGCUCAAAAUGGACCGAAACAGUUUUCCCACACAAAAACUGUGCAACAAUUCAAAUCAAACCAAAAAGAUAAGUGAAAGCCACUUGCAGCACCAGAACAUAUUUAUACAAAAAAAAAGAUAAGUAAAGUUUAACGACUUGCACCACUCUAAUCAUCGAUAAGGUUUCAAACAAUUAACCAUGAAAAGCAAAAGAAACAUAAAAUACUAGCAAAAACAGGCGACUACAACCACUUCAACAACGAGAGGCAGUGACUGGGAAAGUUUGUCUUUCCUACAAAACUGCUGCAAUGUACCAUAAAAUCGAUGUAUUUUCUUCCCCCCCUGUUGAUAAUUAUUGCUGCACGAAACAAAAAAUAAAGUUUUUAUUGAACUGUUUUAUUUUUGCUACCGUUAGUUGAAUAUAAAGCAUAUUUUCUACUAGUAAAUUUGAUGGAGUAGUGAGUAUUUUUAAACCAAAAGCAUUUAUAUUGUAGCGGGAGAAAGAUUGUAGAGAAAAAUAAAUCAACAUUAAAUAUUCACUCAAGUUUUGAUGGAGCGUAGUUGAACUAAACCUAAACUGAACGUAAUACCGUAGUUCGUAACAUAAAAAGGGUGACAUUUUAUAAAGCAGAUAAACAUCAAUCUUUUAUAUGAAACAAAGCAAAAUCACGUACGAAAAGUAAAUAUUGAUUAACCAAGUAAAAGCUUCAACAAAACCAACAUAAAAAGGAACGAUUUUUGAAGUUAUCAAUGCAACCAGUAAGGCUUAACAUAAAGAAAUGCACCUCACUAAAAAAAAGCUUGAUGCAAAAAAAAACAUAUUUGCACUAAACAACUACUUCCGUGCUUAAAGUUGAUGUAUUUAAAAAAAAAAACAAUAUUACUAAAUCGAUUUGAAUAAAUGUUCGUAGCACACACGGAGCACCUAUUAAAAAAACUGAAUAAAAUCAAUAAAUAUGUGUUUGAAAAAUACCAAUCUGAAAAAACCGCAUUGUUGUUUUUUACUUUGAAAAUUUUGAAAUUUCCAAACCCCGAAUUCUUGAAACACUUUUCCGUUUAUCUUAAAUAUUACCACUUUGUUCAUACAUUUUGUGGAAACUACAUUGAAAUAAACUCUUGAAAUAUCAGAAAAGAACAUGUUUACCUAAGUUAAAAAUAUACUGAAAACCAAUUCUGCCUAAUAAAGUUAAAGUUGAUUGAAUUACUAUUCUGUCCAUUAGUUGCUGAUGUGUCACUGAGUCAUUGUCAUUCUUCCUAUAUUUAUCCCUGCUAAAUCUAUAUAGUUUAUAAAGCAUUUUGUAUAGCAAUUUCAAAUUCUUUUAAAACAAGUGUGUUCAUGGUUGAUCAAGCUUGGUCUUUACUUCUAUGGACAAUUAAAACCACUGUUUAUACAAAAAAAUAUCACUUCGUUCGUCUUCGUUCUAAAGUUUCUUAAAUUGAAAAACAUGCUGUUCCAAAUCGUCUUCUACGACACAAAAUAAUCGCAGAGCUGAUAUCGAAUAUCCUGCUGAACAAAACAAAUAAACACAAUUUAUCAAACUUUUGAAGUAACAAACAAAUUCAACAAAAAAAAAAUCAUCAAAUUUGCAUGAAUAUGUUUAAAAAUUUAAACUCUUGAAUUGGACGAAAGCAAGCUUUUAACACCCUUUUUUGCCUUCCUCACGUUACUGAGGUAAGGCUAUAAAAUCACUCGAAAAACGAAAUUCUUAAUUUGACCUCCUAGACCCACCUUCAUGUAUACAUAUCGACUCAGAAUCAAAUUCUGAACA